ACAGUCCAACUGAAGCCGUCCCCAACAAAAUUCAACCCCCUCAUCCUCUCUGUUGUUACAGACUCAUUGUCGUUCCUUUUCUGGUUCAACAAAGAAAACCCCAUUUUUAUUUCAGUUAAUGACACUCACGUCCCACAUUCCUCUCUCUCUCUCUCUCUGACUCAAAACCUUCUUCAAGACCCGGUCUUUCUUUAGCGUCUUGUUGGAUUUCUCAAACCAAAAAACCAAAGCGUUCAGUCUUGGAAACGGUCUCUCUGUUUCGUCUUGUUUAUUCUUUUCUAGAAACAUAAAGGGUCGCUUUCGCUUGCCAGCCAUGACAGAGCUCGUCCUCCAUUCUCAUCCUGACCAUUUCUCUACAUCUCCAACACCCACCACCUCUUCUUCUUCUUCUUCUUCUCCACCACCCUCCUUAACCUCCGCACCGCCGUCUUCUUUAACCUGCGCACCCCCGAGGGAUGAGUCUUGGGUGACGGACUGUGACGCCCGGCAGCAGCUGUCCCUGUUGGCAUUGCUGGUCACGUUUUUCAGGAAGUCUUUGAGUCCUUGCAAGAGGGAAAGGAGGGAGCUUUGCGCCAUGGAGAUCGGCUGGCCUACCAAUGUGCGCCACGUGGCACAUGUCACCUUUGACAGGUUCAAUGGCUUCUUGGGUUUGCCUGUUGAGUUUGAGCCUGAACUUCCCAGUAGGCCUCCGAGUGCAAGUCGAACUGUUUUUGGAGUAUCUACCAAAUCCAUGCAAUUGUCUUAUGACUCUAGAGGGAAUAGUGUGCCGACAAUUCUCUUGCUUAUGCAAGGGCGGUUGUAUGCUGAAGGAGGUCUACAGGUAGAAGGGAUAUUCAGAAUUAAUGGAGAAAACAGUCAAGAGGAGCAUAUAAGAGGCCAGUUAAACAGGGGAGAUGUACCUGAAGGCAUUGACAUACACUGCUUGGCAGGGCUGAUCAAGGCUUGGUUUAGGGAACUCCCAGUUGGGCUUCUGGAUUCUCUAGCCCCUGAGCAGGUAAUGCAGUGCCAGACAGAAGACGACUGCUUAGAGCUUGUGAGGCUUCUACCCUCUACCGAAGUUGCUCUAUUGGAUUGGGCGGUCAACCUUAUGGCUGAUGUUGUCAAACACGAACAUCUAAACAAGAUGAAUGCGCGCAAUAUUGCCAUGGUUUUUGCACCGAACAUGACUCAGAUGGCAGAUCCUUUGACUGCACUGAUGUAUGCUGUUCAAGUGAUGAACUUCCUCAAGAUUCUUAUUCUGAAGACACUGCAAGAAAGGAAAGAAAAUGUGGUAGAGGCCCGUGUCUUUUGUGUAGAACCUGCUGAUGAGAAUGGACACCAGAGCUGUUUGCAAUCAUGCCAUGAAGAUGUUGUCAAAGAGAGCCUCGUUGAGAACCCAAUUCCUAAUGGCAGGGACUGUUGUGGUACUUCUGAUCAAGUUGACACUUUGGGUAAUGAAAUGGAAGCUGUAAACACCAUGACAACUGAAGUUCAAGGGGACUCUGUGAAGAGCAAACCUGAUCAAUUGAAUAAUUCAACUUUCAAAAUGGGACCUGAAAGAAUAAGUGAUCAGCAAGCUGCAGUAUGGGGAACAGGGCCCGUUGAGAAGGCUAGGAAAAUCAGCAACCUGAAUCGCAUAGAUUCAAGGAGGGAGCUAAUUGAAGCCUGGCGGUAAAUGAAGCUCAACCCACAUUGUGCAUCAACUGAUUCUAUGACAUACUCUGAAUCUAAGUUUAAUUGAUUUCAAAAUUUGGGAGAAGAGUUUUGUGAAUUGUUCAUAUAUGUAUAAAAAUUCUGAGAAAAGUUUGUGAAUUGUUCAUGUACGUACUCUGGUUUGUUGCUGGGUGAGUUACUUAAUCUGUUCAUAUUUGAUGAAUUGUUCAUGUAGGUUUUAAUAAAACGUGUAAUAAAGCAUUCAUUGUUUCA